GCUUAGCCGCUAGCAUGAASCAGGCGCUAGUUAUGCAGCGUUAAAAUGUUAUGGAGUUUACUUUCAGUUUUCCAAAAAGGAAACGCGGCUGUGAGGCUGGAUGGGGCUGUUAUGGAGAGCAGAGGUGAUGAAGAGGAAUCAAACGACCAACAUAAUCAGUCAUCAGGCGCUGCUGARUGUUCCUCUAAUUCAAGACCUGAAAACUUCAGUGAUGAAGAUGAUCUGUUGAAACAUGCCACCACUCUCACCAACAAGCAACGAGGGAACGAGGUUACAGUACGACCWGCGACAUUAGAUGCCCUGUCYAUACACCAGCUGGCAGCUCAGGGGGAUGUAUCACAAGUGGCUACACACCUGAAUAAAGACAGUUCGCUGCUCAGCAGACAGGAUGAGCGAGGCUUUACGCCGCUCAUGUGGGCAGCAGCGUUUGGAGAGAAAACAGUGGUGGACUUCCUCUUGGAAAAGGGUGCAGAUCCCAAAACAAUUGCAAGGGAGCGAGAGAGUGCCCUGACACUGGCCAGCUCUGGGGGGUUCGUGGACAUUGUUGAGACUCUGCUCAGACACGGAGUCGACAUCAACACCUACGACUGGAACGGUGGAACUCCUCUUCUUUAUGCUGUACGAGGUAACCACAUCAAAUGUGUAGAGGCACUACUAGCCAAAGGAGCAGACAUAACCAUCGAGUCCGACUCUGGGUACAGCCCGAUGGCCUUAGCUGUUGCACUUGGACACAAAAAGAUUCAGAAAGUGUUGGAGUAUCACAUCCUGAAACUCUACAAGCCACCAACAUGAAACUAAAACAAAGCAGUCGAACGAAKCUUCUCCCAACUCUACAUGUAGUUGUCAGAUUGGUAAGAUGGUAGGAAAACAUCCAGUCUGUCCAUCUGAAGUGAGUUUGCCYGGACUUUUUUAAUUUAUGCACUAAAUCUUCAUGAAUGCAAUGCUUUUUAUGCUUUUAUGCAAUGUGUUAAAACUUUGUAACACGAGAUGCGAAACAUGCAGAUUUGUUUUAUUUAUGAAACAAUUUAAAAAAACUUCUGUGAAUAAGUUUUAAUAAAAUAUUUAAAAAAAACUGUUUUAUUUAGGUCUAAGGAACAGUAUGUGUGUAUACAGUUCACACAGUAACUCCAUACAAUCUGCAGCCAUCACUGAUGAAUCAAAGCACUAUGUUUCAGUGAGGUAAAAGACGGCAGAAUGCAUCCAGACCAAAAGAGGCCAAGUUGGCAUCAGGUUCACGAGRUGGCGGAGCCCACCACAUGUUUACCAAGUGUCGCUGCAGUACCCUUUACCAGGGCUCAUUUCCUCUCUCACAAGAGAAUAAAAAAGAAGAAGAAAAAAGUUCAUGAGGUUUUUUCCCCAAAAACAUCCAAGGAAUAAACAAUAACUCUCCCAAAAAAGUCCGCACUGUUCUCAAACAGGAUUUUUAUUUUAUCCACUGCCGGGGCCUUCUGUAUGGGAAAGCUGUGGGUGUGGAGUUAAGAACAGAAAGUCCGGGAGGUAAUGAUGAAAAGCAGGAGGAGAAAAUAUUGUCUGAUGCUUAAUUUGAACCACCUAAAACAUGGACAGGAAGUCCAGUGUGUUCUGGCAACUGCAUGCCAACUUUCUUUAAAUAUCUGCUGUAGCUAAGCUACGAUUU